AGUAUUUCCCAUAAUUCAUUCCAUCUCGUAUCGCUGGGAAUAAUAUAAACGGAGAAAUAUCGGGCUAGAUUUCAGUACAACAUUUUCAUUACGUUGGAGACAGAAUGUCACGAGCUGGUGUUGCCUUCCUUGUUGUGACGGCUAUUUUCGUUAUCGGUGGAAAUUGUCAAUUGUGUGGCCCAGAUGAAACUUUUGUAGACUGUCCUAGUGGCUGUGGCGAACAAACAUGUCAAAGUCGUCCUCUACCCCCUGAUGCAAAUUGUCCUGCAGUGUGCAGGCCCAGCUGUAUUUGUAAUUAUGGAUUAACUAGACGAGAGCACGGCGGGCCAUGCGUUCAACAAUGCUAAGGCAAUCACUCUUUGAAAUUACAAUUAAUAAUUAAUAAUAAUGGGUUAUAAAUUCA